UUCCGUGCCAUGGCGGGAAGUUGUUGUAUUGUAUGUAUGUGAGUAAAAUGGCUCAAACUUGCAUAGAUUCCUUUUUUGCUAAGAAGAAAAAAAAUGUGCCCAGUCAUCCGUCAAAAAGGCGAAAAAUUGAAUUGAUGGGGACAGAUAAUGAUAAGUGCUCCAAAUCAACAGCUGAUCUAGAUCUAGAUACUAAGCAUGGGAAAUCUAGAUCUAUUACAAUCAAGCCAGCUGCAGAUCCAGAUGUCACUGAAGACAGUGAAGUGACUGAUGACAACACUAGAUCUAAGUCUAGAUCUAGGUCUAGAUCUAAUGUAUUGACUAUUACAUCUAAAUCUAGUACUAUAACCGAUAAGAUUACAUCUGUUUGGGAUGAUCAAGUUGACAAUGCAUAUAUUACACCAAGAAAGCGACCACUGCCUGAUGUAGAAUUAAAUAAUGAACAUGGACAUGAAAAUAUCAUGACAAGAAAAAAAAAAACACUAGUUAAAACUAAAAGACUAACAUCUGAUAAUCAUCCUGCCAAGACGAUUCAUGUUGAUGCAUUUUUUUCAGCUAAAAAGAAGUUGGAACUCGUUGAGAAAGAAGUACAAGUAGAUACAGAACAAAAGGAUGAAAGUGAUCAAGAAGUGGCUGAGACACUGUCUUCCGAGAAAAAAGAAUUGGUAAACUUAAUCUCAGUCAUCCCAACCCCGAUGGAUAAAGUGUCCCCAUUGCCCCCAUCCCCCGUUGAAGAUCUUCAAGAAAAGAGUCAGCUUGAGACAAUCACUUCUGACAAUCUCAAGGGAGAUAACCCGCCAGCAACAACCACACCCAAAGAUUUGCCUAAGAGAAACAACUGUCCUUUGAAGCUCUCAAAAAUGAAAUCAGAAGCCAUAAAAAAUAAGCUGAAACAAAGUGGUCAAAUGUCACAAUUAAAGGGAAAAUUGGAGGAAUUGAAAAGUUUAAUUGACAAAAAUAAAACAGUUGUCUCGCAAGCUGUCAGCCAUGAUGUGGAAGUGGAGGCACAAGACAUGAAACCCGAACGAACCAGCACAUUGCCAGCCUACCAGAGAUUUGAGUAUCUAACGGAGCCUGGCACUCCCACGCUGACCCUCCCUUACACAUACAAAACCCUCGAAGGAGUGCAUCAGUCAGUGGAACAGGUUGUUAGCAUGUUGCACAACCGCUCAGAGAUCUGUACAUUUAGCAAGCUACAAACAGCUGUACAAAACAUCACUAGGAAAAACUUUGAGAUGAAGGCCUUGGGCCAGAUUAAAACAAUUGUACCUGAUGAUUACAUUUAUAGACAAGAGAAAAACAUUCCUCAAUAUGGGAUGCAACUCUCAUCAAAUUAUCAACUUACUGUGGAACCAAAUCUGCAAGUUGAAGAUUCUACGGGUCCACUCACUGCUGAAGGAAAACCAAUGUUUUCUGCCUCACUGUUAUUAAAGCGUCAAAACGUAUUUAAAAAAAGACUGCUUGCUUAUUUGAAAGAACAUCACAAGAAAUUUUUGGCCUCUCUCAAAAUCCCGUUGAACGUUCCAGACGAUAAAAUAACUCGCUGGCAUCCGUUGUUUCAACUUGACAAAGUGCCAGAGGUGAUCCCUGCUGAACUGCCCAAACCUCCUGAAGUCAAAGUCUACCAUUCGGCUAAAGAUGUCUUAGAGAAACAGAGAGGAAGACUAAAUCCUUUGGUGGAAAAAGCUUUGUCAAAAGUUGUUGCUGAUAGUGAAAAAGAAGGUACCACCAAGAGUCAAACUAACAAUGUAGAAUGUUCUGCUUCCACAUCCAGUAACCAGACUACUGCCACAAUGAAAGGCAUUCCUCCAGCUUUGCUUGCCAAGAUUCGAGCCAAGGAAGCUCAGAGGAUGGAGGAAGCUCUUACCAGAAAGCCAGAAGAAGAUACAAAAAUUAAAAUCAUGAACAAAUUACCAGAAAUCAUUAGAACUCUCAGAGCCUUAUUUGUGACAGAAAAAAAAAUGGCUCUACCUUUGGACCAAGUCUACAAGAAAAUAGAAGAAAAUUAUAAAUAUGGCAUGUCCCUAAAAGAUGUUGAGAAUCAUAUGAACAUGCUAAAAGAACUGGCCCCAGAACUUGUAUCCGUCGUCGAGAUCAAGUGCGGGAAAUACAUGAAGUUGGAUAAGAAUGUGGAUGUCCAGGCCGUCAUAAGUAAAAUUUUAAACUUGAGCAAAGCCCAAUGUUAAGAUAUAUUUUUAAAUGAUUGUGACUUUGACAUUAUUUGAUGACAAAGACAGAAUUUUAUAAUUGUAUUUUUUUUUUUUGUUUUUGAUACAGAAUUCAUAUAAAAAUCCAGAAAAUUUUUAAAGCUUGGAUAGCUAGUUUUUAGAAAUGCUUUUUAUUUACGCUUUCAAUUUCAAAAUGAUUGAAUUUUUAGAAGUGUGGUAAGUUUUUAAUUAUUUUUUCUUUAUUUACAACAAUUGAUAUCAAAGUGAACAAAUUCUUAAAUGUUGUACGGGUAUGUAACAGAAAGAUAUAUAUACUUUUUUACUUCCUUUAAUCUAUGCAGCAUGUAAAGUUUCAAGUUUUGUCUUUCUCAGGGUUACCAUAAUUAAGUAUUCUUGUGUUGUCAGACUUCAGAUGUAGUUAAUGUCAAUAGUAGGCAAGUUGACACACUGGACUAAUUGUUUCUUUUUAAAAAGUUAGAUGUGACUAAAAGCCGACUAGAUUUUUAUAGCCAUAAGAAAUGCUGCACACUAGAGUUACUAUCCUCCAGUCUUAUCCAAAUGUUAGUAAUGAGAAACUGUGGGGCACACUUGACUUAGUCAAAAUGUUUACUAAAAAAGUAUAAGCCUUUCCAUUGUUUAGAAAUAAUAUAUAUAUGUCAGUGUUGACCUGUUUAGAAAUAAUAUAUAUAUGUCAGUGUUGACCAUCUCUCUAAAUUCCUCUUUGUCAUUUGUCAGGAUGAGAAUCUCUCUUCCAUUGACUGGCCAGUCCAUUUUUUUUAACAAGUCUUCCCAUUGCUUCUUUUGUCUGCCUCUUCUUCUUUUUCCCUGAUACUGUUCCCUGUAGAAAGAUCCUAGUGAGCCCCAGUGGAUCUCACAAUAUGGCCCUCUCCCUUUCAAGCUGACAAUACUGUAAAGGAUUGAACAGUAUCAUUGGAACAAACUUAGUAACAGAUCUAUAUAUACAAUCAUUCAAACACCAAACUAUUUUCAAACAUUUUAAUAAUAUCAAACAAGUCAUUCAAUAAUGAGAUGCUAUAUACAUAUCAAUGGUUACAUAUUUCAAAUUCAACCACAGCUUGGCUAGAGUUUAUCAGGCUGUACAAGUAUAAUGUUAAUCAAUGUGUGUAUGUCUGUUAAUUAGUUUGGCAAAGUGCAAUGGAACCACCUUGUUAGUGUCAUCAUUUUAUCAUUUAUCGUACUAGUUCCACAGCUUUUUCAUUUUGGAUAUUCUCUGCCCAACGUUUCAUGCUUUGGUUUAAAAAUAUUUUUUUUCAUGUCAGAUAAAGAUGUUUGUUGUCAUUUUUAGAAAAAUUUAUCAACAGUACCUGAUCCAUCAUACUUAUACUUAGUGUACUUAUUUUUGAUAAUAAAAAUGUUUUUGGAUUUUGGAAUAAA